AUGUCUCGUUCACUCCGUCCUCGUAGGUCACGCCCAAACUACGCGUCUCUUUUCCAAUACGAAGACGAAGACAAAGACGGCGCAGGUCCGUCAGUUCCGCGGCACACCGACCGGGAGUAUAACUCGGGCAAUGGCUACGCAGAAGAUGAAGAAGAAGAAGCAAGCGAAGAGGAGGUCGACGAGCUCGUUGGGCUAGACGAUGCUCCUGAAAACGAAUACCAUGGCCCAGAACCAGAGGAUCAGGCGAUUCCAGCUCCAGGUGGACGAAGGGGAAAAGGGAAAGCACCCACUCGGCAGCCAAAGCGACAGCCUACCGCACCUCCAGGUCUUUCGCGCCCUGCCCGACAGAUGUACACUCUCCCCGUGCCAAGCGUUAGCCAUCGACACAAAGCCAUACCCAUUUUCCACCGCGAAAAGUGCGUCGAGCGCCUCACGCGGCCACCGGUCUUGUUCGGUGCGAACGAGACCGUUCCGACCAACAGCUUCACCUCUGACCCAGCCGUGACCGGCAGGCUGAACAAGGCUUGGGGGUACAGCAUCGGUCCUGGUCCGCUGUGGGAGCUGCUAGAGGAUAGAGGGUGGUACAAGGAAGCAGUUGAACCCGAGGGGGGAGAGGAGAAGGAGGAAAAUCGGAGACCGAGAGUAUAUCCAGAGUUAAUCAUCGAGGACAGUGGGUCAAGUUUGGAUACCGAGGAAGCCGCUCUGUAUUUGCCUUCUGACCCGUCCGCGAAUGAGCCUUUAAGAGCCUCACCCCGAGUGGCAUGCUUAGUUGGUCCCUUCGGGAGCCAGGCGAAGCUAGAUCUCGACACCUUCUCGAUAGUGAAUUUGUCUGAAUACAUUCCAGAGAGCAGGUCGCAUAUGUUCCAUGCAGGCGCACCCGUCUGGGGCCUCGAUUGGUGUCCCAUCCACCCCGAAGACCGUCCCCAUUGCUCGUACAAGCAAUAUCUAGCGGUCGGGCCCUUCCCCACUCCCGCACACUCCCCAACAAUUGGCGUACGAGUAUCGAGGCCGUCUCCGGCCUGUAUCCAAAUCUGGAGCUUGGGCCCCGCACGGGUCGCACAAAACACCAAUGCCGACGAGCUCCAAGCCGAAGAUGAAAGAGGCGAGAUGAAGUGCGAGAUAGUUCUUUGCAUCGACAGCGGGCCUGCGUACGAACUCAAGUGGUGUCCACUUCCAUCACACGAUCGACUUUCAGAUCCCAAGACCGCAGGCCCUCGCAGGUUGGGUCUCCUUGCUGGGACAUUCGAGGACGGCUCUGUGUCCAUAUAUGCGGUCCCGUACCCUCCUGACCUCCCUGUUGCACAAGGCAGUCCCUCUGGGCCGAAAUAUGUCAAAAUUUCCGAGCCCCUUCUCCGCAUCGAGCUCGAGGAAACAAUGUGUUGGACGCUCGAGUGGGCCAAUAGUGAGGUUAUGGCUGUGGGCUGCACAAAUGGAGCAUUAGCAGUGUACAACAUCGGCGACGCCCUACGAGGAACUCGCAACCCGCUCGAAGGGAUUCUGCCGACGCAUUAUAUCUUGGCACACCAGUCUGCCGUCCGCGCGCUCUCGUGGGUACGCGCACCGAUGCUCUCCGCAUCGAAGAGACACUUCAUGGCGGAAGAUCCUACUGUUAUUGCGAGCGGUGGGUACGACGGCGUGGAGUGUCUGACGGACAUCCGUGAGCUUACGGCAAAUACCAUGAACAGAACGCGAGAUGUCAUCAACAGCAUUCCGUUUUCCCCGUACGCGGGUGGACCGGUGACGAUCGACCACGAAAAUAUUGUCAAGUCGUAUUCCGCGUCUCCUAGCAUGCUAGGGAGGGGGCAUACGCUGAUGGAGCCCGGUGGUCCAGUAUGGACUGCCUCUGCAUCUGACUACCAUCCGCAACUGGCGGUCGGAUCCGCCGACGGAUGUUGCAGGACGACCAACAUGCUUCGCUCGACGCGCAGAGGAGGUUCAGUCCCCUUCCUGAUGCACAAGGUUUUCCAGCUCGACUACAGCCGCAAAUCGCGCACGUUCCGCAUGCUCGAGCGCUUCCUCCCCGAGGAGAUCCCCGACCGCUCCUCCGCGGCCGUCCGCACGCGCAAGGGCGGCCCCGCCCCGCCUGCAGGGACCGGCGCGUGGCCCACGGAGGUCGGGGUCGUGCGCGUGGCGUGGAACUCUGCCGGGGGGCUCGCGCGCGCGCCACUGCUCGCGUCCGCGACGGCGGCGGGGCUGUGUAGGGUCGAUUAUCUGGACGGCCGGUGGAUGAGGGACAAAAUGCCAUACGGUGGCGUCCAAGGGAUCAGGAAAGAAGGGGAUGGGAUGGACGUGGAUGGGGUGGACGAGGACGGAGAAGAAGAUGGAGAGGAUGACGGCGAAGAGGACGGAGACUCUGAUUAA